AUGUACUGGGCAAGUGGAAUUGCAAAAGCUUUAGAAGUUCGUUGGCCUGAUUUUUCUUAUUUUAGCGAAACAGAUUCGAGUAAUUCCAUUGAUUCAUCAGAGUAUGAAGAAGAGUUAGUAGAGGAGACCGCACAUAAGCUCUCAGUUUCUGUAAAGGAUCCUUCAAAGAAAAUUAUAAAAUUAAAACGUAAUAAAAGCGGAAAUUUAUUUGUUACCAUUACAAAAGAAUCGAUUCAAUUAUGGAUUUUUAGGCCUACAGCUUUAGUAUCACAGGUCACUAGAACUGAAAAAUCACUCUCAGAAUAUGGUGAAAACAAUGAUGUUUAUUGGAAACCAGAUGGGACUCUUAUCAUUGUUCAGACAGAUCAAAAUUGUUUAUUUACAUAUAAUGUCAUGCCAUUGGAUGAUAAAAGUUAUAAAUAUCAAUUUGGCAAUGUACCUCAUCAUUAUACUACUGGUGUUGGUGAAGGCAACGGAAUAAAAACAUUUUUAUUAAAAUUCAGAAUGACGAUUAGAAUUGAUGCUGGUAUGAAUGCUGGCUUAGGAACCGAAGAAUAUCUAAUUGUUACUACAAAAAAUCCCACUGCUAUUCAAUGUAUACCUUGGAAUGGAGAUCCAAGUGCAACUAAAACAAACAUUUUAGCCAGACUGGAAUUUUUGGAAAAUAAAAAAUCUGGCAUAAAAUUUAUUAUUUAUGAUCGACGUAUAAAUCUUUAUGGAUGGGUAACUACUGAUGGGAAAUCAUAUGCUGUUCAAUUCAAUGAACAUCAAUCUUCUGUUUCCAAGCAUCCACUACUUUAUUGGUUAGGAUAUUGUUUUCAUGGAAGCGGCGAAGCAGCUCCUGAAAAGGAUGCCAAAGCAACUUGUAUUGCUAUUAAUGCUAAAUUUGCAUUACUGGCUGUUGGAACAGAAGGAUUUAUAUUAAAAUUCUUUUUAAAAACCAUAUAUAAAAAUAAUAUUACUUCUUUAACAUCAAAAACACCCAAUUCUACAGGUCCUGUAACAUCACUUUCUUGGACAUCUGAUGGACAUGCUAUUGCUGUAGGUUGGCAGAAUGAAGGAUUGGCCAUAUGGAGUGUUUAUGGAAAAUUAUUAAUGACUACAAUACGAGAUGAUUGGCCCAGUUCAAUCCCAAAUAAUCAAGACAAAUUUUUAAAUGGAGUAAAUGAUCUUGAUAAUGCCAAGAGAGGUUUUUUACAAAUGGAUGAUCGCCUAUUACUUUAUCGUGGUGGAGAUCAAGAAGAUCUUAGUGCUAUUAAUCCUGAUACCAUAGUUUGGCAACACAUUCCUAUACCAAUCAUGUAUUUAAGUGAUAAUUGGCCUAUAAAAUAUGCAUCUAUUAAUGGAGAAGGAAGGUAUAUUGCAAUUGCAGGAAGACGUGGCUUAGCACAUUAUAAUGUGACAUCAGGUCGUUGGAAGCUUUUUGGUAAUCAACAACAAGAACAAGAAUUUGCAGUACGUGGUGGAUUAUUGUGGUAUAAAGAUAUUUUGGUUGCAGCUUGUAAAAAUGUUCAAACUCAUACUUAUGAGAUACGGAUGUAUUCUCGUGAAAAAAAUUUGGAUAAUAUUCAUAUGAUUGAAAAUGUUAAAAUUUCAAGCAAUAUAUUAUAUUUAAGUAUAGUUGACAAUGCCUUACUUGUUUAUUGCGGGGAUAAUAUGAUGUACCAUUAUUUAAUUAAUUCACCUACUACUGCACAAGAAUUUGCUGAACUUAAUGGUACAACAAGAUUGGUUUCUUUGGAGUUAUGUCAGCAGAUUUCUUUUAUAGGUGUUAUUCAUGCACCAACUAGAGUUAGGUCUAUAUCAUGGUUUCAACCUAAAGUACACAGACCUUUUACACCAGACACCAUUCAAUCAGCUUCAAUAAUUUUCUUAAUAGACGGCAAGCUUGUAUUGUUACAUCCAAAAAAGAGUAACGAAGGAGAAGUUCAAUAUGACUUGCAUAUUUUAGCUGAUAAAAUUGAAUUUUAUUGGAUGUCUACUAAAGGGAUUGGUAGUUUAAAGAAUUCUUUAUGGGCAUGCGAUGGUCAGGGAAUAAGGAUAUGGAUGAAUAUAUGGUCAAACGAAGAAUCAGCAAGAGAUUGGCAUAAUGAUGUUUUGAUGUCUGCAACUGUUUUACUUGAUAAAGGAAUAAUUGUAGGAGUGCAACAACAGAUGUCUAUUCGAUUAUCUUUGGAUUAUACUGUUUUUAAAUUGAUGACAAAUACGCAUUUAUUUUUGCAGCAUAUUUUAAGAUACAUGUUGACUAAAGAACUUGAAGAAGAAUCAGUUGCUUUUGCAACAAGUUAUCAGAGAUUAGUUUACUUUGGACAUGCAUUAGAGAUGCUUUUACAUCAGGUAUUAGAAGAUGAAGCAGAACAUCCAAAUGAAACUGCUCAAGCGGUUUUACCACGUGUUGUAAAAUUCAUCAACACUUUUCCUCAUUCACUUGAUGCUAUAGUGGCGUGUGCACGUAAAACUGAAGUAGCAUUAUGGAGUUAUUUAUUUUCAAUCGUUGGAAGAUUACUUAAAACUGCAACCUCUUAUCUAUUAGUUAUUCAUACAUUGGAACCAACAGCAGAUAGUGGCAAGGAUACAAUGAGAUUAUUGUCUAAAGCAAUGGAAUCUGAUGAUUAUGAAUUAUGUAAAGAACUCGUUAGAUUUUUAAAUUCAAUAGAUGGGACAGGAAAAUUAUUAAAAGACGCUUUAGAAACAAUUGAAAUUUCUUUCAAGAAUAAAGAUGAUGCAAUCAAAUCAUCUUUAUUACCUUCAUCUAAACCAUUAACUCAUAAUUAUACUGAUGGAAGUGAAAAUGUUUGGGCGGCAUAA